CUGCGUCAUUUGCGGCAAAAAGAGGGAAAACGCACACGCAUCCGGAGCAGAGCAACGAGAGCCAGAAAUAUCUCCGCCGCUGCGCUUUUGCGCUUUUUCUCCCCCCAGCAGCGCCAGCGCACCACGCCGCUCCGCCCUCCCUGAUGGCCGCCGCCGCCGAGGCCGAGCGGGUGGCAGCGCUGCUGCGGGAGAUAACGGGGGAGGGAGGGUUCGCUUUCGUCGCCUCGGCGGAGAAGGCGGGGGCGGGGGACCUGCGCGCGGCGGAGGCGGCGCGGGAGAUGGCGUGGGAGCAGCUCCACUCGGGCCCCUGGAGCGAGGUCGGCACCGCCUGGAGGGACGCCUACGCGCUCGCCUGCCUCCACGUCGCGCGCCUCCGCACCCGCACCCGCGGGGCCAGCGGCGGGGGCGGGGGCGGGGACGGCGACCGCUCCGCCGCGCUCCGGGCGCUCGACAUGGGCCUCAUCAUGGGGGGCAACCUACUGCGCGCCGACCUCGAGGCGGCCCUGGCGCGCAUCUCCGCGGAAGCGUGCGACGGAGACGAAGGUGGCGCGGGGGUCGUGGAUGAGGAGGACCAGAGGUGGAAGGAGGCGCUCGACAGGAACCGAGACAUCGCUGAUGCACUCAAAGUUCUUCCAGCAAACUCUUUAUCCUGUAAGAAAGUCGAGAGGCGAUCUUGCAUCUCCUUGGAGGAGUUUAUAUGUAAUUACUUUUUACGCGACUCCCCUGUCAUAAUUAGUGGCGCCAUCGAUCAUUGGCCUGCAAGGGAAAAAUGGAAGGACAUUAAAUACCUCAAGAAGAUCGCUGGAGAUCGUACUGUUCCUGUUGAAGUUGGAAAAAACUAUGUGUGUAGUGACUGGAAGCAGGAGCUUGUCACAUUUUCUCAGUUCCUGGAUAGAAUGUGGUCAACUGUCUGCCCAUCAAAGUUGACAUAUCUAGCUCAGCAUCCAUUGUUUGAGCAGUUGUGCAUUUUACUUCAUUGGAUUGGGCAGAUAAAAGAGCUCAGUGAAGACAUAGUUGUUCCCGAAUACUGUUAUGCUGGCGGAGGUGAACUCCAAUCACUUAAUGCUUGGUUUGGUCCACAGGGGACAGUGACACCAUUGCAUCAUGACCCACAUCACAACAUCUUAGCUCAGGUCUUGGGCAGGAAGUAUAUUAGACUCUAUCCUGCUUUUAUAUCUGAGGACUUGUAUCCACACACAGAGACUAUGCUAUGCAAUACCAGUCAGGUAGAUCUUGACAACAUUGAUUUCAAGGAGUUUCCAAGGGCUGAAAACCUGGAAUUCAUGGACUGUAUAUUGGAGGAAGGUGACCUGCUUUACAUCCCUCCAAAAUGGUGGCACUACGUCAGAUCUCUCUCCACCAGUUUCUCGGUUAGCUUUUGGUGGCGUGCAGCAGUUCAGCCCUCAGGCGGCUCAUAGCUUCAAUUCUUAUAUAUCUCCCAUAUUAUCAGAAUCAGUUUGCAGACAACCAAAGUAACCUGACAGGACCCUUCGUUUCAGGUGACGUCCGCUUUUCAAUGGAUGUCAUCACCGAUGGCCAUUGUUAGUUUUACUUUUACCACAGUGAUUAAAAUAUUGAAAUUGCCUACAUGCCGUUUGUAACGAUGCGUUGUUCGACCAUCAUGCUAUCAUCUGAUUCUUCAAAGUUGAGAGGUUGGAGCCUUGGAGGGUGUCGUCCUCACUGCCACAAUGUCAUAUUAAAACUGUAAAGGUAGACGUACUGUUGUGGCCACGGGCUACCAACCACAUACCGUUUCUGUACGAAGAAGAAUAAAACAUUGCCCAUUUGCAUGCCAGUUGCCUGUAAUCACUGGCACUGCUUGUACUAGGCGGCCUGUCCUGUA